ACCCAAUCUUUUUAUUAAAAAAAAAUCUGUAAUUUCCUCCUUUCUUAUAGCUGAUUGUAUACGUACAUAUACACUGUACAUACAGUUUUUGGGUGAAACUAAGAUCAGGAGGGUGAGCUGAAUAUAUUAUUUUUAGUAAAUUGAUUGUUGUAGUUGAAAGAGAGGAAAAAAGGGGGGGAAAUGGGUGGUGGCAGGAAGAGGAAGCUGUUGAUGAGCAAGAUCUAUGGACUUGGAUGUGGUAAAGCAUCAUUCAAGGAAGACCAUUCGCAGAUUGGGGGCCCAGGAUUCUCCAGGGUUGUUCAUUGCAAUGAACCGAGUUCCUUGGAGGCGGGAAUCCACCGUUACUCGGAUAAUUAUGUCAGUACCACCAAGUAUAACGUUGCUACCUUCUUGCCCAAGUCAUUGUUCGAGCAAUUCAGGAGAGUCGCUAACUUCUACUUCUUGGUUACCGGUAUACUUUCCUUCACUGCUCUUGCUCCUUAUUCAGCUGUUAGUGCUAUCGUCCCUCUCAUCAUCGUUAUUGGCGCUACAAUGAUCAAAGAAGGUGUCGAGGAUUGGCGCCGAAAACAGCAGGAUAAUGAGGUGAACAACAGAAAGACAAAAGUUCAUCGAGGUGAUGGCCACUUUGAUCAUACUGAGUGGAAGAAUCUUAGAGUGGGAGAUAUUGUAAAGGUGGGGAAAGAUGAAUUCUUUCCAACGGAUCUCAUCUUGCUCGCAUCCAGUUACGAUGAUGCGGUUUGCUAUGUUGAAACCAUGAACCUUGAUGGAGAAACGAAUUUGAAGCUGAAACAAGCGCUAGAGGUAACUUCAUCCUUACAUGAUGACUAUAACUUUAAGGACUUUAAGGCUAUGAUUAAAUGCGAGGACCCCAAUGCGAAUUUGUAUACUUUUGUUGGAACUAUGGAGUUCGAAGAGCAACAAUAUCCCCUUUCUCCUCAACAACUUCUCCUUCGGGACUCGAAACUCCGGAAUACAGAUUACGUAUAUGGGGCUGUUGUGUUCACUGGUCAUGACACCAAGGUCAUGCAGAAUUCUACUGAUCCUCCUUCCAAGAGAAGCAAAAUCGAGAAGCAGAUGGAUCGGAUUAUCUACCUUAUGUUCGUUAUCGUGACCGUAAUGGGAUUUAUUGGUUCUAUCUUCUUUGGGAUUGAAACUGACAGAGACCUUGAAAAUGGAAGGAUUAGAAGGAGAUGGUAUCUUCGGCCUGAUAGUGCUGAAAUUUUCUUUGAUCCUAGUAGAGCUCCAGUUGCAGCAAUUUAUCACUUCCUAACAGCUCUUCUUUUGUAUAGCUACUUCAUCCCUAUCUCUCUGUAUGUGUCCAUAGAAAUUGUUAAAGUUCUUCAGAGCAUCUUCAUCAAUCAAGAUAUUCACAUGUAUUAUGAGGAGGCCGACAAACCAGCACAUGCCCGUACCUCUAAUUUGAAUGAAGAACUUGGCCAAGUUGACACGAUUCUAUCUGAUAAGACGGGAACACUAACCUGUAAUUCAAUGGAGUUCAUCAAGUGUUCUGUGGCUGGUACAGCUUAUGGCCGCGGUGUUACAGAAGUUGAGAGGGCAAUGGAUAGAAAGAAAGGUUCACCCGUCCGUGAACUAAAUGGCCCUAACCAUGUUGAGGAUUUUGCUGAUACGCCGGCUAUUAAAGGUUUUAACUUUAAGGAUGAAAGGGUCAUGAAUGGAAACUGGGUUAAUGAGCCUCGUGCGGAUGUCAUCCAGAAGUUUUUCCGUCUGUUAGCAAUCUGUCAUACUGCAAUACCUGAAGUGGACGAAGAGACAGGAAAAAUCUCAUAUGAGGCUGAAUCACCUGAUGAAGCAGCAUUUGUGAUUGCAGCAAGAGUCCUAGGUUUUGAAUUCCACAACAGGACACAAACAAGCAUCUCCCUACAUGAGUUGGAUCCUGUCUCCGGACAGACAGUUGACAGGUCAUAUAAACUUUUAAAUGUUAUAGAGUUUAACAGCACCAGAAAACGGAUGUCUGUAAUUGUAAGAGAUGAAGAAGGAAAAAUUCUUCUACUUUCCAAAGGUGCCGACAGUGUCAUGUUUGAAAUGCUGGCCAAGAGUGGUCGCGACUUUGAAGAGGACACUAGGGAGCACAUGAAUGGGUAUGCUGAUGCAGGACUGAGGACCCUUGUUCUAGCAUAUCGUGAACUUUCAGAAAAUGAAUACCAAGUGUUUAACGAGAAAUUCACUGAGGCAAAAAACUCAGUUAGUGCAGAUCGCGAAACCUUAAUUGACGAGGUUGCAGACACGAUUGAGAGAGAUCUAAUUCUCUUAGGGGCUACGGCUGUCGAGGACAAACUCCAAAAUGGGGUCCCUGACUGCAUUGACAAGCUUGCUCAAGCUGGGAUUAAACUAUGGGUGUUGACUGGAGACAAAAUGGAGACAGCCAUCAAUAUCGGUUACGCUUGUAGUUUGCUUAGACAAGGAAUGAAACAGAUUAUAAUCACUUUAGAUGCUCCAGAAAUCCAGUCAUUGGAGAAAACUGGAGACAAGAAUGCCAUCAACAAGGCAUCGAGAAAAAGUGUCCUUGAACAGAUAGCUUCAGGGAAGGCUCAGGUCUCUUCAUUAAGUGCAAUGUCCGAGGCAUUUGCCUUGAUUAUUGAUGGGAAAUCACUUGCUUAUGCUCUAGAGGAUGAUAUGAAGCAAAAAUUUCUAGAUCUCGCCAUUGGUUGUGCAUCUGUGAUUUGCUGCCGCUCCUCACCGAAACAGAAGGCAUUGGUUACAAGGCUAGUAAAAACUGGAACCGGGAAAACAACGUUAGCCAUUGGAGAUGGUGCUAAUGAUGUGGGAAUGCUUCAAGAAGCAGAUAUUGGGAUUGGAAUCAGUGGUGUGGAAGGAAUGCAGGCAGUGAUGUCAAGUGAUGUCGCAAUUGCUCAGUUUCGGUACUUAGAACGCUUGCUACUUGUGCAUGGACAUUGGUGUUAUAGGAGAAUUUCAUCAAUGAUAUGCUACUUUUUCUACAAGAACAUUGCAUUCGGUUUCACAAUAUUUCUGUACGAGGUGUACGCGUCGUUUUCAGCACAGCCUGCUUACAACGACUGGUAUUUAUCGCUCUACAAUGUCUUCUUCUCAUCACUUCCCGUAAUCGCUAUGGGAGUUUUCGACCAGGACGUAUCUGCACGGUUUUGUCUCAAGUUUCCUCUGUUAUACCAAGAAGGUGUGCAGAACGUUCUCUUCAGCUGGCGGCGCAUAGUGAGCUGGAUGUUUAAUGGAUUUUACAGUGCCAUAAUCGUAUUCUUCUUCUGCGCUCGAGCUCUAGAGCAGCAGGCCUUCAACGAUGACGGGAAAACCGCUAGUAGAGAGAUCUUUACGGGAACGAUGUACGCAUGCAUUGUCUGGGUUGUGAACCUGCAGUUGGCCCUUUCGAUCAGUUACUUCACCUUGAUACAACAUAUUGUCAUCUGGGGUUCCAUUGGAUUCUGGUACCUGUUUCAAGUGGUGUACGGUCUCUUGCCUCCCAGUUUCUCCACCGACGCCUACAGAGUUUUCAUCGAAGCUCUCGCGCCGGCUCCUUCGUACUGGUUCAUUACGCUUUUCGUCGUCAUCGCCACCCUUAUCCCAUACUUCUUAUACAACGCAAUUCAGAUGCGCUUCUUCCCCAUGUACCAUGGAAUGAUACAGUGGAUAAGACACGAAGGGCUGUCGGAUGAUCCGGCCUACGUCGAAAUGGUGCGCCAAAGAUCCAUCCGACCGACAACCGUCGGCUUCACAGCACGACGAGCAGCAAGCCGGCGAGAAGCAGGCCAUAAUCUGUAUGCCGUAUAAGUAAACGUCACAUCACGUGUGGGGAGACCAUCAUGUACAGUUCAGUAUUUGCAUGGCAGAAAUUUACAGAGAGGCUACAGCCGAGCAUCCGUACAUUGUAAAUCUUUAUUCUUUUUGUAUUAGUCUGAGAGAUUAUUUGUAUUAUCAAUGUUACUGUAUCCGUCCGAAGAUAUAUCUUUGUGAAAUAAAGAGGAUUU